AUGCGAUUCUCCGGUCAAUACGUUUCGGUGCUGUGUCUUCUCGUCACGAGCGCGCUUGCCAUCAACCCGGACAUCCCUCACGAUGAGAACUACGGGAUCGGAAGCCCCCAUGGCAUAGACAAGGGUAACACCAUAUGUCUGGGGCAAUGCACGCCCAAUCCGGCGGAGCUGUCUUGCAAGGCGCCAGUGUUCAAGAAAGACAAAGGGUGUUUCGUCUGCUGUCUUUCGGAUGAUAAUUUGGAUGACUUCGACAAGCAAAUUCCGGAUGAUCCGAUUGGAAAGGGCUCCCUGCCAUUUGAGGCUUGA